GAGUAAGAUCUAUUUUCAAGCCAAAUCUAUGACGAUUAUUAUCUUCUAAAUAGGGCUUGGAUAUAGGAGACUUUUAAAUUUGAUUGAUUUCAUGCACGCUUUGAAUAUUUCCUUCGUUAAACUGAGAGAUUCAUGUAUUUAAGAAUUUAAAGCUGUAAUCUGUGUCUAAUUUCUCUAAGCUAUGCGGCGCUCGUGAAAGUUGUGAACAUCACAUACUUGAUCUCAAAAAACACUCGUACACUUUUCAUGCAUGGAUAACUAGAAGUGAUUUCGUUUCGAAGAAUAAACAAACGCAGGUGAUAGCUCAAUUCAUUUCCAUGUACGAGAUGUACUAAAAAUCCAAUAAAUACUUAAGGACAAUUGUGGUUAAUCACGUCUAUUGUGGCGUAAAGUUAAUUGCUUGUGUAAGCCGCUAAUUAAAGCGUGCAUGGAAAAAAGCACUCAUCCGAACUUACUUAUUAAGCACAUGUAAGCCUAAAAUGUAAAAUGGGAAACAUUGUCAACACUCAUCGAGGGCAAAAUAUCCAGGCUGAAAGAGCAAUCGCCACGGUCAAAGCAGCAAGUGUUUUUAAAGCAAAAAUGAAAGAAACACAAGCAAACAGGACAAAAGCAUCGGAGCAAAUAGAAGAGGUAGUUAAACGGAAAUUUCGCAGGAAAUCAACUGUGUUUGGAUGUAGACCCAUAGGGAGACUAGCUUCUGGUGAUGAAUCGCCACCACCAAACACCGCAAGCUCCCAGAAGGAUGUUCUAAAGUUUGUACGCUGGGUCAGCGUUAGUGAUACACUAGUUGUUAAGGACACAAGUGUUGCAUGGAAUGCGUUGAGAGACUUAGUCAGCCGUGAAAGAAUUCCCUCAACUCAAGACACAGGACGGGGGCGUCUUAAAUCGAUAACAGAUGCCAUUCGGUUCACUCGAAGAACUUCCACGUCAUCAAAAACAACGAAGGUGGCCAGCGGGGAAUUUUCGUACAACGAUAUGCUAAUUACAGAAUGGGAAACGCACUGCCAUUUUUGCCACUCAUCCUCCAUUGAAGAAAGCCCUCUUAAUCGUUGCCGUAUCUGCCCAAGGGUUUAUCACACUCAUUGUCUUGCUAAGCGAGGGCAUCUUUCAGGGGAUGGGGCAGCUGAAACUCUGACGCUUGCAAAUUCAGAAAUCGGCUGGAGUUGCUGUAAUUGCGAAAAUUUAUUCGAUCUUUUAUCUGACAACGAAAAGAUCGAUAUAAUGGAAACAUUUGAUCUAAUGGACACCAAUCAAGAUUCUUUUAUAAACAAAGAAGAGUACCUUUCAUACCAGAAGGAGAGAUACAGAAAGUUAAUGGACAUGGAAAUGCCUGGUUAUCGAGUGAUAAUCGAGGAGCGGAUAUUUGACGACAUGGAUAGGAACAACAAUGAUCUUAUCGACUGGUGGGAGUUUGUGAUUCCUAUGUGCGUGAGGAAGUUGAGUGAACGGAGAAAGAGAACACUCCCAUCUUUGCUUACAAGACAGGAAAUUUACAAACUUAAACGAUUUUUCAAAGAAUACGAUAUGGAAGGAGAAGGAGAAAUCAGGAAAGAUUUAUCUCGAGAGGUCUUUAAGAACUGGUACCUCUCUUUGAUAGAUCGACGAGAAGAGGAGGUCCCGAUUUGGGACUGGCUUGGGACUGAAUAUGUCAAAAUAGACAAUGAAGAGGAGCACUCGUUGUGUCAGCGGUUUGCCACGGUUAAGUGGAAAGACUUUGUGUUAAAUCACGCGUUGUACAUCCUUGCCGCGCGACCGAAUACAGGCUCAAUGAGGCCUUACGUUCCACAAUUCAACAGUUUGAAUUUGGAGUUCGAUGAAGACGAUGAAGAUAUUGAAUAUGAUUAGAAAACAAUUUCCUUUAAUUACAGGAAAGAUUGGUCCUGUCGUAAACAUUUUCACUCUGUGUUCUUAUUGCAUGUCACGCCAAUCUUGCGCAUGCGUGAAAAUGGUGUCCUCCUCAGAGGACAUAACAUGAUGUAUAAUAUGACAUACUAGUCGGUUAGUUUUGCAAAAUAAGAUUUAGAUUUAGUCGGUAUGUUCUGAAGUAAAAGAUUUAUUGUAUGGAAAACAGGUUUUCCUUUUUUCGUUUAAAGCUUCAGCUGGAGUCACUACUUUUGAAAUAGGGGAAAGUAUGAUCUAAUGAACCUCUUUUCUUAGCGUUAUCUUACAUCAUCUUUUGUUCAGAAUCUUCAAUCUUCAAGUCAAGUGUUCUCUCCGAAACUGGAAGUAGUUCAUUUGGGAGUUUGGAUAAAAGAAUUUUCCUAUUUCCUGGUUUCCGUUCAUCUUAAUGAUGUAUUCCCAUCUUCAACCUCACUCUCAAGGCUUUCGCCAAUUUUCAGGGAAAAGGCCCUUGGAGCAAGAUUGUUCCCAUCCUCUACCUAAGUCAGUUCGAAUGGAUCUAAAAGAAAGUGUUCAUAGUGACCAUGGUCACAAACAUGAAAUAAUGCAAUGCAACUAAGGAACUACAAUGAUUUAUUCAAAAACGGUAAUACUAACAAAAAACAACUUAACGUAGAGGGUUUUUGUCUCUUUUGACUUAACGGUAACCUCGCACCCAGAUCCUAUUGUGUAUCUGUAACUGAAAUGAAUCGUUUGGCCGUGGAAGGUCUGGGUACGCGAUUACUUUUGUCUCAGUUAUGUCUAGGUAAAUGUCAUUUUGUGGAAUAAAUGGCUGAGACUUGUGAAAAUGUCUUAGAGUAGAGUCAGUGAACAUGUCAAGGUUACCCCGAAUUUGCUUUCCAUGUAAAACGUAUUCUUUAAAGUAGCUAAUUGUCCUCUCCCAUUAAAAUCAUGUCCUAAUUUAAAUUGUUAGGAAAUUUUUCUCAAUUAAUUUCUUUAGAGAGAUAAACAGGUUAAAUAAAGAUUCCCAUUUAGA